UUUUUUUUUUGGUUCAAAUCUCUGCUUUCCUUAGUGAAAGAGGAAAAAUUUCUUCUUGGCUAAUGUAAAUUCUGUGUCUGUGCUAAGACACAAAGGCUGAAAACGAAAGAGAACAGACACUGUAGUGAUGGGUUGGGAAGCUUUUCUUCAGGUGUUAGCAAAACUCUUCUUGGGUGUUCUUUCCUGGCCUUCAUUUAAUUUGGUUUAUACCCUGUAUGCUUCCAUUCAGGCUAUAGAGAGUGACUCUCACUCCAGAAAUCAGCAAUGUCUUUCUUACUGGGUUAUGUUUGCUUUGUACAAAAUCUCAGAGGAAGCGCUUGGAAAACUUUUUUACUGGCUUCCGGUGUGGCCCUACACAAAGGGUGCCAUUACCAUCUUGCUGGUGUUACCUUACUUUGGUGGUGCUUCUUAUCUGUACAAACAUUUUAUUAGGCCCUAUAUUUCUGAGAAUUCAGUUAUAUGGAAAUGGAACAUCCUGUCCAUACAAAGGAUAAAUGGUUUCAGUUCAGGGGAGGAUAACUAUCCUGAUGUAGUUGAUAAAAACGUUAUCAGGACCGAACCACAAAAGUCAGAGGGAGCUGUCAUAUUUAAGGGAACACCUGCGUCAAGUUCUGAAACAGAAGGAAGGGAGUAUACUUCGCCUAGUAGUCCAAAGAAAAUUCAGAGGGAGUGGACCUGUGCUCUUUGUCUAAUUAGCACUACAAGUGGAAAAUGUUUGAAGAAACACCUCCGAGGGAAAAAACAUAAGACCCAAGUAGAAGCACUAAGAACUUACAAACAAGGCCCCAAUAGUGGAUACGAAUUGUCCCUAAAGCUGAAGAGAACAAAUGGAAUGAUUUUUAAUCUAAACCAAAUGGCAAGAGCAAAUGGAAAGAUUUUUAAUCUAAACCAAAUGGCAAGAGCAAAUGGGAAGAUUUUUAAUCUAAACCAAAUUGCAAGAGCCAACCUGGAAAAAUGGAGCGGCAUUCUAAGCCCAGUUGCCAGACCAAUUAGAACGUGUAUAUGGAAAAAGCCGGAGCUCGGAUGGACAAAAUUAAAUACAGAUGGAUCUGUAGACCGAGAAAAUGCUGGUUAUGGUGGUCUACUUCGUGAUUAUAAGGGUGAGCCAAUAUGUGCUUUUGUCUCUAAAGCUCUAGGAGAUGACAUUUUUUUGGUUGAACUAUGGGCUAUAUGGAGAGGCCUUGUUCUUGCCUUGAGUCUUGGGAUUAAAGUAAUAUGGGUCGAGUCUGAUUCAGAGAGCGUUGUGCAGACCAUUAAUAGGGACCGGCCUUACGGUCAAAAGGCUAGUAGCUGUUUGAAGCAUAUCUGGGAACUUCUAAAGAAAUUCGACAAGCACCAGGUAUCUCAUUCAUGGCGUGAAACUAACAGGGCUGCUGAUCUUCUUUCAAAAAUGGUUCUUUUGGGAAGUGAUGUUGUUUUCUGGCCAGUGGAUUUUCCUGAUAGCCUUUGUAACAUUAUCAAGGAGGAUGCCGAAGGCAGGAUAUAUUUUAGAUGUUGACUAGGGUUUAUGCCCCUUAAAAUCAUGUUCCGGGAAAAAUGAAGUAAAUCUAAUCUAUAUAUAUGAUAGAUGUGGAAGUAGUACAAAUUGGACAACCUCAGGCCUGAAUUUUUGUGGUAGAUGAGGGGUUGCACAUCAUUUUUCCAAUGGAAUUUUGUAAUUUAUAACCCUGCUGAUGUGAAUAGAAAGCUUUGACAUGUUAGUGGGAAAAAUUUGCUGUCUGUUAUGUGUCUUACUCUCUCUUGUACAUUUCAAGAUGUUUACAGGUAUCAUUGUUCCUACC